CUCGUCAACCUCCAGAUCUAUAUAGUAAGUUAGCGAACGUCUAGAUAGACUUCUCUUGCAAAUUCGGAAGAUCUAGACGCCGCACAUGAAUAGGGGGGAACCCGCUGAUGUGCUGCUCGUUGCAUACGGCCUCAUCCUCCGCUGCUUUGUAAAGCGCUGGCUCGGCUUCUCAAUUGACUUCCCGCUCCAAAUGAUAUUGGCCCCAGGCGCAAUUGCAGUUUUGAGCUACAAGAACAACAACAUCGAGGAGCCAGCAUUCCACGUUGGUAUAUCACUCCCAUUUGUAGCAGAGAGCGGGGAAUCGUAAGCGAGAGUUAUGGCCAUCAUAGAUCGAUUCUGUUUGCUACUGCUUAAAGCUAUCACUCCAAGCAUAGAGAGGAGGAUAUAUUACUCUGUUGGGACAACACUCUUAUAACUAAAUAAAUACUAAAUCAGCUGCCAACC